AUGGACUCUUUCAAUAACGUCAAACAGUGGCUGCAAGAAAUUGACCGUUACGCCACACAGGGCGUCAACAAGCUGCUUGUAGGCAACAAGAGUGAUAUGGAAGACAAGAAGGUCGUUGAAUACACUGUUGCAAAGGAAUUCGCUGAUAGUCUCGGCAUUCCAUUUUUGGAAACUUCUGCCAAGAAUGCUUCGAACGUCGAGCAAGCCUUCUUGACCAUGGCCAGACAGAUCAAGGAACGAAUGGGCACCGCAACCGUCAACAACAAGCCCACUGUCCAGGUUGGCCAGGGCCAAGGUGUCCAGUCGAAUUCCGGCAGCUCAUGCUGCUAA